AUGUCCGCGACAUCGGCUCCCACGCAAAUUCGCUCCCUCUACCGCCGCCUUCUGCGCGAGCUGCCCGCGCGCGACGCCAAACACGCGCCCUCGACCCGCUCUUCGCAGCCCGUGCUGUCCAACCCGUCGCCACUCCAGCAGCACCUCCGCAAGCAGCUUGCAACACCGCCUGCCGGGCACGCGGCGCGCGCCCCGACCCUUGAGGAGACGGAGCAGUUCUGGCAAUACGUCAAGGCCCAGCGCCUCUACAUCACCCUGCUCGAGCGCUACAACCCGGGCAUGAACAUGGACGAGGAGGAGCGCGUGCGCCUGACCGCACGGCGGGUCGGCAUGGAUCUGCCGGUCGAGGCUGACGUGCCAGGGAAGAAGAACUGA